AGAACAACAUAUGUCGUUAUGUCAACAGAACGUCACUCAGUGCGUGGCGAACUCCAGCAUACAUGUACAUGGACGUGAAGUGAUCACGAAUCUGUAAGUCGCACUGGGAACUUUGUUCCCCCAACUAUUGAAGCUCAGUCAUGGUGUCGUCCACUAAAGAUGGAACCCUGUGUAUUUGUCAGAUCUGUGACUGUGGUCGGCACCACUGUCCGCACCAGAAGCAGCCGGAUCACUUCCAGCGGAUGCAGGCCGACCAGAAGCGACCACCAGCGGGAGAUACCGGUACUGAGUAUAGGGAGGAGUUUAAAGCAUGGCCGACCACGGGGAAGCUGAAGAGUUUGCGGCCGGAGGUCAAAUCCGUGGCCACCAAGGACCCUAUGCAAUUGUCCACCAUCUACCGUGACCUGUAUAUCGCCCACAAGCCCCAGACCCGGGUGACGUCCCUGAAGCCGACCCGUGUGUACACCCCUCCGGAGGAGACGCUGGAGACCAGCACCACCUACUCCAAGUGCUUUGCCUGGAAGUACGCCGAGCCACCCAACUGCCUCAAGCCCAAACCCCAGCUCAACGUGCCGGCCGGAGACAAGCAGACACCCUUCUCCAAGGACACCGUCACCAAGCUGACGUACAAGGAGUUCUCGCGAGAGGAACAGAAGGCGGCCAAGUGUAAGAUUAUCAAACACAAGGAGGAGCUGGGCACUAACGAGGGGGCCAAGCUAGAGGUCACCACCAGCAGCUACACGGAGGACUUCCCGGCACACGAGAACGUGGCGCCGCCCGAGAGCACCAAGCCGCCCCAGGAGUACAUCAAGUCGGACAAGCCUUUUGAGGACGACACAGUCAACAAACUCGACUACGUGCCACAUCCGCCGCAACCAAGGCCCGUCAAGAAGAAGAUUGAGUACACGCCCAACAACAAGCCGUUUGAAGGUGUGUCGAUGAUGAAGGCUGAGUUCCCGGUCCAUUCCGCGGGCCCUCACCGGCCGCCGAGCUUCAAACCGCCGCAGGAAUACAAGUCUCCUCAGGCCAAGUUCCGUGAUGUCACCACGCAGUCCAUGGCCUUCAAACCCUGGCCGCUGCCCAAGAAGGAGAAGUGGCCCUGGGCCUCCCGGGGCAUGUACACGUCACCAGCAGACGUCUUUAGGUGUACCACGUCUUACCGCGAAGACUUCGUGCAGCCAGCGAAGGUUGGAGACCGCCCCAAACCCUUCCGUCCCGUCAGCAAGCGUGCGGACAAGUCGGACAAAAAAGUUCCCUUCCAGGGCCAGAGCACCACCCGCAGCACGUACGUUCCCUGGAACAACACCCAGCCCGUCAAGUCCUACAAGAAGAGUGACAUCUACUCCCCGCCUUCCGAGAAGUUCAUAGCGCAGUCAACCUAUCAGACGAGGUUUACCGGAGAGAUGGUAUCGCCUGCCCGAUCAUGCCGCCCCGCCUACAAGGGGCCGUACGAGGAGGGCCGACCUGCUAUGGAGGCAUCCACAACGUACCGGGAGUGUUUUACCGUCCCGGCCCGUCCCCAAAGCUGCCCGGCCAUGAAGCUGUCCCUGCGGGCGGUGGCGAACGAGGCGGUGAGGCAGGGGUCAAAGAGUUCAGCUGUGGCGACGGCGCCUGACAGCAACGUUGAGUACAGCCACAAGUCAUCCGGGCACACGUAUUACCGGCUGUGUAAGCGACCCAACACUGCCAAACAGUCCGCAUCCGGUACCAAAGACUCCAACACCAAAUAAUGCCCCCUAGCGGUGCUUGAAACAACUGAUCAUUUUGUAAUUUUGAUAGCUCAACACCACGCGAUCUCUCUUCAUCUGGCAUCUUUUGCAGAUGACCCUACAUUGUCACAGUUCCUGCAAAUUUUGGGUAGGAAUUUUUAUAAACAGAUAACAAUAUGGCAGGUUCACUCUUCUAUACUGUUUGAAACUAAUCAGAAAGUACAUGUGAUACAAAUAUACAAUCUUAUGUCAUUUUGGGUGUUUGAUAUACCUAAUGUCUCAGGCCAUGAAUAUUAAUUUCUGACUGCACAUACAGAAAUGUGUAUAUAUUGACAGAAAUACUAUACAAAACAUGUAACAGGCACUUGAAACUCAGGGAGCCUGGAAACUUCUCUGUAGAGAACAUUAAACAUUCAAAUACCUGCCACUACAGGGAUACUGUAGUCAGUACAUA